AUGUACGAAGUACAUGAUCUCAACGUCAGUUUGUGUUACGAUAACAUUUUUCUUGAAAAUAAAUAUAUUUUCAUAUCUAUCUAUCUAUCUAUCUAUCUAUCUAUCUAUCUAUCUAUCUUCAUCUUAAAAAAGAAAUGCUACUAUCUAUCUAUCUAUCUAUCUAUCUAUCUAUCUAUCUAUCUACAUCUGUUGAUUAUCUAUCUAUCUAUCUAUCUAUCUAUCUAUCUAUCUAUCUAUCUAUCUACACAUCUGUUGAUUAUCUAUCUAUCUAUCUAUCUAUCUAUCUAUCUAUCUAUCUAUCUAUCUCACCUCUUAUCUAUCUAUCUAUAUAUAUAUAUAUAUAUAUAUAUAUAUAUAUAUAUAUAUAUAUAUAUAUUGCAGAGUCAUAUUCCAAGAAGAUUGAAUUGCUUUCCUUCUUUCUUCGUUCGUUUUCUUGAUAUUUUCCUUUUUAAAUUCAUUAAAUUCAUUGUUUAUUUUUCUCUUUAUACGUCUUCUUUCUUUCUUUCUUUCUUUCUUUCUUUCUUUCUUUCUUUCUUUCUUUCUUUCUCCGGAGUUUUACAUGAACAAAUUCUUUCUUUCUUUCUUUCUUUCUUUCUUUCUUUCUUUCUUUCUUUGAAACACCUUAUUCUCUUUAAAUUUCGAUUUUACAUGGACAAAUUCUUUCUUUCUUUCUUUCUUUCUUUUAUAAAAAAACAAUCUCAUUUUAUUUUCUAUAGGUUCUUUCUUUCUUUUUUCUUUCUUUUUCUCUUUUUUCCUUUAUAUUCAUAUCUUUUUUUUCUUCUGUUUGUUGAAUUUUUCUCUUCCUCUUUUAUUAUUAAAAUCUUUGUACUUUUCCCGCUUCUGAUUUUCUCUUUCUUCUUCUCUGCUUCCUCCUCCUCCUGCUCCCAUCCGCAUCAACUUUCUUCUUCUUCUGUUGCUGCUGGUGUACCUCCACCAUCUCCUACUCCUCCUCCUCCUCCUUCUUCUUCUUUUUCUUCUGCUGUACCUCCUCCUCCUCCUCCUUCUUCUUCUUCUUCUUCUUCUUCUUCUUCUUCUGCUGCUGCUGCUGCUGUUUCCUCCUCCUCUUUCUUCUUCUGCUGCUGGUGGUGUACCUCCACCACCACUCCCUCCUCCUCCUUCGUCUUCUUCUUCUUCUUCUGCUGCUGCUGUACCUCGUCCUCCUCCUUCUUCUUCUUCUGCUGCUGCUGGUGGUGUACCUCCACCACCACUCCCUCCUCCUCCUCCUUCUUCUUCUUCUUUUGCUGCUGCUGCUGGUGUACCUCCACAGACCACCACCUCCUCCUCCUUCUUCUUCUUCUGCUGCUGCUGCUGCUGGUGUACCUCCACAGACCACCACCUCCUCCUCCUCCUUCUUCUGCUGCUGCUGCUGGUGUACCUCCACCACCACCACCUCCUUCUACUCCUCCUCCUCCUCCUCCUUCUUCUUCUUCUGUGCCGCGUUCAUUCGGGACAUACAACCUGCUAUCUAGUUUAGCCCUGUUCCACCAUUCAUUCACAAAAGCUCAUCAGUUAUUGACACCUGGUAAUUAUGUCACUGGUGAGGAGAUGAAGAUGUCUUAUCUAUCUAUCUAUCUAUCUAUCUAUCUAUCUAUCUGA